AUGGUCGACAAGGCAACACACGAUGACAUUGACACCGAACUCGCAUUGAUCUCAUCAUCACUCUUACCGACUGAACGACUCACCUCCUCAGAGUCAGGAUCGUGGCCUAGAGUGAUUGAUAUAACCAGCGAAGACUGUAAACUGUCACUGCAUAUCAACGUAAACGAGGGCUACAGAGUCAAAGAUGCAGUGCAGAUAGAAGUCAAGAGCAAGUCUAUGGGCAGAGAGGAAGCUUCGGGAUGGAAAGAGCGGGUGGAAGAAAAGAUGAAAGGUUGGAAUGAGGAAGAAGACUAUCCGCUAUAUCAGAUACUCAGUAUCCACUUCCUUCCUUUACUGGCACCUUCGUCUACUCCACCCAUAACAAUAUCACCUUCCCAAGAUCCGGUCCCCAUCAACGACACUUCACUCAAACCUCAUCACUGUCUACUAAUAUCCCAUCACCUCCUCUCAAGCACAAAACGCAAGGACCUCUUAUCCUUAUCUUCCGAAUUAUCGCUGUUGGGUUUUGCCAAAACUGGUCAUCCAGGUAUAAUGUAUGCCAUAGGAUUAUUAUCCGAUCUGGAACAGUGGAUAAGGGAAGUCAAAAGUUGGAAUUGGCUUGCUCUGAGAGUACGUGUCGCCCCUGAGCCUAUACUCGAGGAGGAAGGAGUGUUUGAAAAGGGAGGGAAGGGCAAAGAGAAUGGUGCGAGGGGAGGGAAAGGAAGAGGGGAAUGGGUAGAGUUGGAGAAGAUUAAUGAAGCGCUGGAUUGGUUGAGGAUGAGAGGGAAGGGAAGAGAGAGAAUUCUGGUUGAUUGUGGGGUGGGUGGGUGA